UGAGGACGGAACCAUUCAUCAAGCUGAGAGAUAUGACGGAUUAAAUCCAACCAGAAAGAAUUAGGUUUUGGGGUUUCACUGCGGAUUAGGGCCACGUUCCUCUGUUACGUGAUUGGAUUACAAAUCUAGGUAAUUUUACGAGAAAUUAGCCUGAUAAUCUCACAGAGUGAGCGACGCCGCAUCCCCGUCCCAUCUCUGUGAAAACAGAGACAAACGGCAUCAGAAGAUGACUGCGUGACGCCGCCAUGGAUGAAUCCGCAACCAUUAACACAUUCAAACAGAAAUGAGGACCAGCCUCGACCCUUCUUCCGUUUAGUGUUCGCGUAUCACCUCCUGCUUCAUUGUUAGUCAUGGUUUGGUUGCGGAGCUUCGUGCGGCUGACGAUAAUGCUAUGCCAGAGCGGAUGGUGGGGAGUCGCGUCGAGCCCCACCGACGAAGGGGCGCUUCGCACCGGCCACGGCGACCACGGAGAGCCGGGCCAUCAGGAGCAUCACAAGGAUUCCUACAGCACAUUCGCCUCCGAGUUCCUGGAGUCCAGAUAUUUGUCUGAUGAUGGUUAUCCAUUCCCCACAGCUCCACCAGUGGAUCCUUUUGCCAAGAUCAAAGUCGGCGACUGCGGAGUUACCAAAGGCUGCAUAAGGUACGGGAAGCCGGGGUGCGAUGCAGAGACGUGUGACUACUUUCUGAGCUAUCGCCGCAUCGGUACAGAUGUGGAGUAUGAGAUGAGUGCGGACACAGACGGCUGGGUCGCUGUGGGUUUCUCCUCUGACAAGAAAAUGGGUGGAGACGAUGUGAUGGGGUGCGUUCAUGAUGACAAUGGACGUGUGAGAAUCCACCAUUUUUACAACGUCGGCCAAUGGGCCAAGGAGAUCAAGAGGAACCCAGCUCGGGAUGAAGAAGGAAUCUUCGAGAACAAUCGGGUGACCUGCCGUUUCAAACGACCGUUGUAUGUCCCAAGAGAGGAAACGCUGGUGGACUUACAUCUUUCCUGGUAUUACCUGUUUGCAUGGGGACCUGCCAUUCAAGGUUCCAUCACAAGGCACGACAUUGACAAUCCUCCGGUCAGUGACCGCAUGAUCAGCAUCUAUAAGUAUGAAGACAUCUUCAUGCCCUCCACAGCCUAUCAGACCUUCAAUUCUCCAAUCUGCUUGCUGCUCAUAGUAGCGCUCACCUUCUAUUUGCUCAUGGGGACGCCAUAAUCAAGCACAGCCAAUCACACUGUUUAGGAAGGAGUUGGUUGUUCAGCAAUAAAAAAAACAAAAAUGUUGGUUGCCAUAAUGAAAUGUGUACUUUGCAUAGAUAAGGACUAUCUUAGAUGUAUGGAACAUGUUAGAUUAUACAAGCAUCACUCAUCUUGACAAAUGAAUAAACAUGUUAUGGAGGAGAAAUGUGCUUCAGAUAUCUGAUAAUACAGUAGUUUCAAAUUAAACAGACUUUUUCAGCAUCUUUUGAUUUAGAAGACAGUGUUUACACAAGCCAAUGGAAAAUCUGGUAGUCAUUUCAGGAUCCUGCUGUUUGCUGGCAACUUGUGUGGAAACUUCCUGGAAUGCGAAGAGGGAAGAAAAAUUACACAAAAGAACGUCCUUCCUGUUCCCUCACAGUGUUUGUGUGGGAACAAGCCAACAUCCUCCUCAACCACAGCAGUGACUUGCUUAUAAAAGCAGAGAAAACACAACUGGCGAUAUUGUCUUACAUAAGCAAUAUUUUAUUGAACUGGUAAUACUUUAUUUCUGCAUCAUGCUGUUUAUGUAGCAUUUUAAUCACACAUUGAAAUUCC